AUGGAGGGCCACGCGAUUAUGCAUGAAGCGGUGAUUACUGUUUCACUUUUUGUUUAAAACAUAAUUUUUCGAGUCAUUUUUUGGUAGACGUAGAAGUAAAGUAUUACACUACUUUUUGAUGUACUUUUUACCUUUUCAAAAAGAAGUUGAAAAUUUUUUAGUGGCCACUUCAGAGAUUCCACGUUUUGGUGCCCCCUAGUGGUCUUUUUAGUGACCACUUAAGGGAUUAAUACUUAGUCAGUCCAGAAGUCUAAGUGGUACCACGAGACUACAAAAACUACUGUAGGGGCCACUGGGACGCAAAAUUAUGGCUUCUAUAAAGAAAAUUUUAGAAAAUUCAAGCGGUCCUUGAGAAACCUCUUCAGUGGUCACUAGAGCUUUUUUCCAAUCUGAAAAAGGAAUUUAUGGUUUAUUGAUUCUUUUUCCGAGAGAUUUUGAAAUGAAUAAUAGAAAGUUUUCGAAUUGUCUACGCAUGUUUAUUAAUUUUUAAUUUUUUCCUCGAUUAUAUCUCCCAUAUGAAACAGCAAACCUGUAGAUGUGAAGUUUUUCAAAAAUGUUUGCUCCGACCUCCUACAGAACUCGAACUUUGGUCAUUUGAUUGAUGAACGAAAUGCUUAGCCAUUUGACUAAAAUGUAAUUUUAUCAUACUCUUUUCAUUAAGAAUCCUUUGUCGACAACCGAAGUCCCGAUGGAACGUGAGAAGCAUAUAAAAGAACGAAGGACCGGGUUUGGGAUUUUAUUUCUCUGCGCUCUCUCGUUUUCGCGUGCUAUUUUCAACUUCGCGUUAAAUCGCAAACCGCUACUCCCUGACGUCAUCCCUAUGACAUCAUCUUCAUUUGCAAAAUUCGCACGCGCAGCCAUAUCAUUUUAUUCAUUUUUUACGUUCCAAUUUAUAAAAUUAGAUUUUAAGUGAAAACUUUUCCGGUCACAUGAGAAACAGAAAGAUAUCACACUUGAAAAUCCCCUUUUGAUCGGAAAACUUUUUCAUUCUUUUAUUUUCUUACUUUUUUUUAGAAACCUUUUAAAGGUUUGGAAUAAUCCGAGGCGUCGAGGCCCACGCUUACGCAUAGAAUGCUCCUUUAAAAUUUUUAAGUAAUGCAUGAAUCUGUAGGCGCAGUUUUAAUGCAAAGGCGCAAUUCAGGCUCCUCCCAUUCUUCAAUUUUUUCAAUUUCAAUUUCAAUUCAAUUCAAUUUAUUCAGUCUUCAGAGUAAGAUGAAGAAAAUCUCUGCUAAAUCAUGGUAUAAUCGAAGAGUUAGUCGUCGGCGCGGGUUACGGUCCACAAUCUUUGUCCAAUACGUCCCGGAGUGACAGCUAGCGUUGGGAAAUAAUGUGGGCCCCUUGGUAGUACCAACGAAUAAACUGCUUCACCAUGUUGGAACAGUACAGCGCCCAGCUUGUCCAGGGCUGACGGGCGUCGGAAUAUUAUCCCAUGAGAGAGCGGCAAAGAGACCGACCAGUCGACGUGAUGAAAUGAGAUAAUAAUAAUCUGCUGAAUCACGUUCACGUGAAAGAAAUGAAUAUAUAGCCAAAUAUUUCGAUUACGCUUAUUUCUAGUGUUACGAAUGGUGUCAUGAAAUGACGUCAGGGAGUAGCGGUUUGCGAUUUAACGAAAACUCUAUUUUCAUCUUUCAUGGUGAGGGAAAAGAGAGCGCAGACGGGUUAGACUUUUCAAGCCUCAGAAAAUUCACGAAAUUCCAUUUUGGUGUCAUUUAUUAAAGAUCUUAAUGUAGCUCAAAGGAACUAGUCCAAAAAAACUUUGAAGAUUUAAAAAUUAGGCUGAAACGGUAAUAGUAUAUAAAAAUUUCAUUUUUUUCUAAUUUUUUUCAAAAAAACAGAAAAACUUUUUUUGAGCUAUGAGUACCGGGUGGUCACUAUCCUUCUCAAAGCCUCGUUAAAGUUCGGCCUCGGCGUGAAAACCGUCAAUCGGACCGUUUUCGUCAACAAAGUUGAUCCUGGUGAGUGAAAAAUGGGAAAAAAUAGGAUUAUUCAAGAAUUUUUGGGAUUAUAUGAAUAAUUCUCACGAAAAUGACUUGAUAUAAAGUACGGGUGUUUCCAAAUGCGACUAGUGCGAACGCCUAUAAAAUGCGACCACUUUUUUUUUGUGCUUCACUGAAAAUUAGUAAAAUACGGGCGUUUCUUAAUCUUAUCUUUUUCGCCUUUUCUGGCACUUUUUUUCCAAUUUUUGUAUUUUUUCCUAACUUUUCUUUUGAAGAAAACUAUUCAAAAAUAUACUGCGACGAAAUUAAUGAAUUCAUUAUGGUAAAUUUUUUUUUAAUUGCUCAAAAAACUUAUUAUUAGGAGAUUUUAAAAACGAUUUUCUACAGGUCAUGAAUCUGUAUUGAAUCGGAAAUCAGAUGAAAAAUUGAAAAUGGGACAAAAUAAGUCUUGAAAAAUAGUUUUAAAUAAGAUACAGUUGGAAAUAAAAAAUUGGCAUCGCUAUAAUGAUCAUAAAGCUAUCGAAAAAAUCAAAAUUUUGUUGUAUUUUGAAAGAAAAAAUUAAAAGAACAGCCGUAUUUCAAUAAUUCGCAAUGGAGCACAAAAAAAGCGGUCGCAUUUUGUAAACUACCGUUGUUUAUAGCAUGCCAGAAAUACAGAAAAAAACAGGAUCUUUGAUCCAAAAAUUAUUAUGAAAACCGAAUGAAACUGGAAUCAGAUUUAGUGGAAUAUUUUCAAGAUUCAAAAUUUUCGACGAUAUUUGCGAUACCUUUCUCCAUGAUAAAGCCUUCUGAAAUUGAGCCUUUGAUAAAAAAUUUGACCCGGAAUGUAAAUAGAAAAAAAGAAAAAAACAUUCUACAAAAAGUCAUUUUCAGAAAAAAAUCAGAACUGAACUUUUUUUGCGCAUUUUUCUUCCGAGUAAGGCUUUUUUACCGUGUGAAAAAAUAAUUUUCGUGACUUCUUUAUGAUAAAAAAAUUGAGAUCGAUGAUGAUACUUUCAUAAGAAGGAAUGUUAUUAAUAAACUUUGAUACAAUAUCAUACAAAAUCUUCUUGAAACAGGGAAAUGAAACAGCGGAAAAAAAAUCGCUCUUUUUUUCAAUUUCGAUGAUUUUUCAAUGAAAAUGAUGCCUGUGAUUCCGCGAAAAUUGAAAUAGCCGUCAGAGAAAGAAAAAGAUAACAAAACUUAAGAGAAUCAGAGAAAAAUUUCGAUUUUACAAAAAUGACAUCAACAUGAAUAUUAAAAUACCUAAUUUUAUUAUUUUUUUUUCUGAACUGAUUAGAUCUGAUCCCUGUUUCUAGAAACGAUGGUAUCGGAAGUUCUGGAAUUUGGCGACAAAAUAAUCGAUGUCGAGGGAACCUGCGUGAUAGAUAAUAAUGAAUGUCGACGGCUUUUUGAUCAAAAAAAUAUCAAGGUUUGAAAAAAAGGAUCGGUCAAAAAUUACUGAGACACUUUCCGAAAAAUAUCAUAAAUGAGGUUCAUUUAAUUAAAUUUUUUUGAAGGAAUAUUCUCACAAAAUUAAAAUUUUUCUAUUUUUUUGUAUAAAAAAAUAGACCAGGAAAUCAAAAAAUAAGUGAUUCAAAAAUAAAAUUUGAUCUAAGAAAAAUCGGAUUAUUUGCGUAUUUCAGUCGGGUUUUUUUACAUGAUAUUACGGCUUCAAGAGGAGUAUAAAACUUGUUUUUUUCAUUUUGAACUGUUCAUGCAAGUUGCUCAAGCUUUAAUUUGAAAUUUUGGACUUUUUUUCAGAAAUUUUAUUGAAUUUUAGAUUUUUGGUCCACUUUAAAGAUUCAAAAGUUCAUUUGACAAUAAUAAGUAACAAAAUUUCACCCUCAAGUACCUAAAAACAGAAUUUUUGUACAGUUUUUUGGUAGUUUCAAGAUAUUUCUGUGAGAAUUUUGCGAAAUUAUCUCAUAAUGACCCGAUCGUGGAGUUCAUAGAAGAGAAAAUUCAAUCCUUUUCUGAAAUUUUUCUGGAAUUUUUUAAGGCGAACAAAAAAGUGAGCGUUCUGGUGGAACGGGCCGUCACUGAGGACACUAAAAGAACCGUGGCUGUGAGUUUUUUUUUCUUUUAUUCAAUAAAAAUCUAUAUUUGUACUGAAAAUGAUCCCGUAUUCUUAUUUUUGGUAUCAAAACUGAGCUUUUCGAAAAGUUUAUUGUGACAUAAUUUUCAUUUCAGAAUGAUAUGGAUGAGGAAAAUGAGAAGACGGUUUCAAUGGCGGCCGAUGUGAAGGAUAUUUUACGCAGGGGUCAAACGCAUCUCAAUGAAAAGGCUAAGGUAAGAAAAAAAAUGUUUUCAAAAAUUCUCCCCCGUCUGGCGCGACUUUGCGGCGAGAGAUUUAAGUUCCGCAGGCUUGCGCCAAGAAAAACCCAGCGCUAAAAUUUGCGCGAACCUCGCGCAAUACAGGGCGCAAGCUUGCGCUACGGGAGGGCUGCUUUAGAGCUCACAAACUCAUUUACAGUAAUUCCGAAACUGUUCCGUCUAUGUUUUCUAUUUUCCUAAAUUAUGUUUUCUUUUUUUAUAUAUAUUUUUCUGGUUUUUUAUAAAUGAAAUUUUAUCACCAUCGUUUUUAGUUGACUUCAUAUUUGUAUGCGACGCGUCGAAACGUAUCUUUUUCGAGAGAUUCGAUGUGUUGGUUUAUCCGAUUAUACUUUGAGAAAGGUAAUUAUUUUGUUUUUCUUCCUAGCGAAGACGUUUUUUUGAUUAUUUUUUUUCUUAAAAAAAUUAACUCCAGAAAUUACAAAAAAAGUGAGUUCGAUAUUCUUUUGUACUAGCUGUAAUACUGAAUUUUUUUCAGGUCUAAUGAAGAGAGAGUUCAACAAAUAAGAUUCUCAUGGAGUGGUGAACAUGAUAUAUGGAAGUUUGCAAUGUUGAGGUUUGUAGUUUUCGAAUAACAUUUCAUUAUUUCUCUUAUGUUCUUGUUACAAUCCAAAGCUGUACACUACGUCUAUAAUAAGGAUAUCCGGAUAGGACACCCUUGAUUUCGGACCUCUGGCGAAUCUAGAAAAGAUAUCAAAAAUCGGUGAGCGCGAUUCGAUUAAUCGUACAAAAUGACAUGUGGAACCAAAUUUUCAUCACCCAUCUUUUAGUUUUCAGUUUUAAACAUCCUGUUUCAAGCUUUUGGUCAUGGAAAUUUUCUUUUCAUAAAAUUAGAAGAAAGUGGCUUUUUUGAGUUCAAUAUUGAAUAAAUUAUCUUUUAUAAUGAAAUUUAUUGAACAUUAGAGGUCCUCUGUAAUACAGAAAACUUGAAGAGAUUUCGAAAAAAGUUUAUCAGAGUCAAAAAGACGAUUUUGUGAUGGAUUAAUAUUAAUAAAAUGGCUAUUAUGAUGAAACUUCGGUUCCAUAGGUAAUUCUUUACGCUCAAUCGGAUGGCUUUAACAGAUUUUUGAUAUAUUUUCUGCAUUCGCCGAAAAGUCCAUAAUCGAGGGUGGUCCUAUUCUUAUUGGACGCAGUGUACCAGAUAUAAUAUCUGUUCAUAUAAAAAAAUUAAAGGGACCCUGAAAAAUCAUGUGAUUGUUUAACAAAAAAAUAUGUUUUUUUAUUUUAACAAAAAAAUCGUAUAAAGUGAAAAAAAGCAACUAUAAAACUUCAGCUAUGAUACGCCGAAUUUUUCGACACGAUGAUGGUCAAAAAGAAAGAGGUUCCUCCACCCUGGUUCGAAAUAUGCGAAUAAAAAGUAAUUUUGAUUAUUUUUUUUAUCUUUGAAAAAAAGUUUUUUUAGAUGAGAGCGAUGGAACGUUUGCUGCGUAACGUCCCAAGCCAUCGAUUCGCCGGCCCUUAUUGAAGACUUUUUCCGAGGCUAAUGGAUGAAUCAAGGAAGAAAUUGUGUUCAACACUAUCGAGAAUCUGCUAGCGCAACUGUACACAUCUUUAUAUUGUUGAAAACCCACUUGCAAGAAUAUGAACAUCAUAAUUUCAUGUAGUUUUCUGAAAAGUCGAGACUAUACUGGAAAUCGUUAUGCGCGAUCAAUUAUUCAAGUUACUUGUAAUUAUAUUUUACCUAGUCCUUACCAGGUAACUACGCAGGCACUUGUUUGCAAGUUGAGUUGCAACAUUUUUAGUUGAUAGACCUGGAUAGGGAUGCUUGAAAACAAAAAAAAGUUUAUCUACUGGGUUUCAAAAUUUGCAGAAAAAUAGGCUCACUAAACUGCACAGAAAAGACUUGAAAAAUACUUUUAUAAUACUACUUUUCAUUAGAUUGAACAAGUAUCAGAACUCUUGCAAGUGGAAAUUUUUUAUUGUAUGGCAUGAUGUAUUUUUGAUAUUUCUGCGUUUCGAAAUUGUUCCAUGUUUCACUUUUUUUUUCACUGUUUCUGAACUUCUGGGUCUUCUGAAUCUUACUAUUUUGCAAAAAAAAAAAAAACCCCCCGGUUGUUUUAUUACUGGAAAUAAUUCGAGUCAUUGUAAUUAUUAAACAUAGCUUAAAUUUUUACCAUUCUCACGUUAUCUUUUUCCUUUCAUUAUUGAUUGAUACCAUGAAAUCCAAUGCAUCUUAAAGACUUCAAUUGUUGUAAAGUGUAAAAUUAGUUCAUUUUAGAAAUAAAUAUAGUUUUUUUCCAAGUUUUCUGUGUUUGUUCAGCCUCUUUUGAGCUGCGACACUCACAGGUUGCUUGUAUUUUUUUGUUUAAAUCAAGCUGAAAAAUUCAAUUCUAUGGAUAAAAAAAGAAAAAAAGCUUGAGUUAAAUAAAAAUACAGGCGACCUUUGAGCGUUGUAACUCAAAAAGAGGAAAAAUAAGAGGAAGGACGAGGAGGAGAGAGGAAAAGGAUAUCACGAAUGCGUGCUCCAUGGAUAAUUCGCGCAACCCUUGCGCCUCUACGCGCAAGCUUGCGGCUAACAUGUGCACAUACUCGCGAAAUUCACGGCGCAAGCCUGCGAAAUCCUCGCCGCAAAGUCGCGCCAGCCAGGGGAGUUGUUAAAACUUCAGUAAAUGUGCUCUAAUGAGAACGUCAGUUCCGAAAAAAUUAUUUUUUUCAAAAAAUGGCCACAAAAAAAUGGCUUCGUUAAAUGUGCUCCAAUGAUAAAAAAAUGUCAAUAGAAUCAAGUCAUGGUUAGAACACAUCAACAAAUAUAUCUUAGUCCAUAAGUCGUUUAGAAAAAAACCUUGAAACAUGAGUAAUAGAUUAUAAAAAAGAAUCAUUUUUUAACGAAAAAAAUUGGUAAUCAUUUUUUUUUAUUAUACGCUUUCAAAGUAUUUCGGGUAAUUCUUUGAAAUCUCGAAAAAGGAGCAUAAAUCUUGAAUUUUUGAAAGUUUUCCUCAAGAAAUAUGUUUCUUUUUCAUUCAAAAUAGCAUUUUUCAGGUCGGAAUCUUAUCAACAGACGCUCAUCGGGAAAUUCCAAGAGAUCGUGUCGUGAAAGUCGACGAAGAAAGGCAUCAAUCAAUGAUGAUUGGCAUGGACAAUGAACACUUGGCCAAUAAUCUCAGGGUUCUUUUCCCGCCAUUUUUCCUCCAUUUCUCAAUUAUUUCCAUUCAGAAAGUCAAAAAAGACGACAAAGACGCCAAAUAA